AAUUAAAUAAAUAAAUAAAUAAAUAAAUUAAAUGAUGAUAUUUUCUUGUGCUAGAGUUAUGAUAUUUAUUCCUCCUCUUUCACCUUCAAACACAAUUUUGCAAGGUUCCUUCUUUCCUAGAACUCUCCAAACCCCCCUAACAGCCAAGUAUCUCAAAACACACACACACACACACUACACACAUAUGCAUACCUCAAUUUGAACUCCAACACCUUCCAAAUUCCCAGCCAACUCACUUCAGUUUCUUUCUUGAAUUCCCACUAGUUUGUUCAGGCAAAGAUUGUUCUUUUCCCCAUUACCUAGUAAGUAGUACACAAAUGGGGAAGCUCCAUAUUUUCUUCUUCCCAAUGUUGGCUCAUGGCCACAUGAUCCCAAUACUUGACAUGGCCAAACUUUUCACCUCAAGAGGCUUAAGAACCACCAUCAUUUCCACCCCCGCUUUCUCCCAACCAAUCAAGAAAGCCCAAAACUCCGGAAUCGAAAUCGGGAUUCAAACCAUCGAAUUCCCACCGAAGGAUUCCGGAUUGCCCGAUCACAUAGUAAGCCUCGAUCAAGUAACUGACGACGAAUUAAUCCCAAAUUUCGUCAAAGCCCUCUCGUUACUCCAACCACCACUCGAAAAACUCCUCCAAGAAUUCAGACCGGACUGUCUCAUCUCGGACAUGUUCUUACCUUGGACAGUCGAUUCCGCAGCCAAAUUCGGAAUCCCGAGAUUGGUUUUUCACGGGACUAGCUAUUUCGCUCUAUCGGCUACCGAGCAAAUGAGGCGCCACAAGCCUUUCGAAAACGUUUCUUCUGAUCUUGAGCCGUUUAUUGUGCCUAAUCUCCCACAUGAGGUGAAGCUUGUGAGAACGCAAGUACCCGAAUAUGACCUAGAGGAAAACGAAUCCGAUUUAAUCGAAUUGAUGAAGCGAAUGAAGGAAUCGGAUGGGAGAAGCUACGGGGUUGUGGCGAACACGUUCUACGAGCUCGAACCCGAUUAUGCGGAUCACUACAGGAACGUUUUGGGGAGAAAAGCUUGGAAUAUAGGGCCACUUUUUUUGUGCAACGGAGAAUCGAAGACGGUUGUAAGAGGGAAGAAAUCGGCGAUCGAUAUACACGAAUGUAUAUCGUGGCUCGAUUCGAAAAGCCCUAAUUCGGUCGUCUAUGUUUGUUUCGGGAGCAUGGCUGUGUUUCCGCCAUCUCAACUGCGUGAAAUUGCAAUCGGGCUGGAAAAUUCGGGCCUGGAUUUCGUCUGGGUAGUGAGAGAAGAAGGGAGCGAGAUCGAAGAAUGGAUGCCGCUAGGGUUUGAGGAUCGAGUGAAAAAUCGAGGUCUGAUAAUAAGGGGGUGGGCGCCCCAGGUGGUGAUCCUCGACCACGCCGCGAUUGGGGGUUUCGUGACCCACUGCGGCUGGAAUUCGACGCUGGAGGGGAUCUGCGGCGGCGUGCCGGUGGUGACGUGGCCGCUUUUUGCGGAGCAGUUCUUCAACGAGAAGCUGGUGACGGAGGUUUUGGGGAUUGGGGUUUCCAUCGGGAAUACGAAGUGGGAGAGGGUGUCGAGCGGGGGUGUGACGGCGGCGGCGGUGGCUAAGGCGGUGGAGGCUGUUAUGGUGGGGGAAUCGGCGGCGGAGAUGAGGAGGAGGGCGGUGAGUUAUAAGGAAAUGGCGCGAAAGGCUGUGGAAGAAGGGGGUUCGUCUUAUAAUGAUCUCAGUGUUUUGAUUCAGGAUUUGAGUGACUAUCGCUCCUCCUCCAAGAUAAACAAUAUAAUAUAGUGUGAAGUUUACACACUUUAGUGUGUGUAAAAUCUGUAUGUAUUCGUAGUUUGUGUAUUUUUCUAACUUAUCAAAAACAAAAAAGAACUUGUAAUAUUUGAUUAUUUGA